GGCGCAAGACGUGGGGGCGGGGGGGCGAGAGGCAGGUUGGUACCUGCGCGCGGCCCUGUCGGUGCCAUCGCUGCCGCAGGCGGACCGCUGGCGCCGGAGCCGGGCAGGGGUGAGGCGGGAGAACGGGGUGUGCGCCCGAGCCGCCCAGGCCUGAGGGAGCCGGUGCCCGUGAGCUCCAGGCGGGCAGCAGCCGGGGGGCCCCGGCUUUGCAGUACUAGCGGGCAGUGUCCGGAUCCUGCUCCUGGCGUCCCCGCAGCGCCAGGCAGGCAAGCCGGGGAGCCUGCCCUUGUGGGGCGCGCCUCGUUAGCCGAGCGUGCCCUGCUCCGGGCGUCAGACCAGCCCCUGCAGCAGGCAGAGGAGGGGGUGAGCCGGAGCCCCGCUGCUCGUGGGUUUGCAUUGUGCGCUGUUUUCCGCUGCCUCUGUCCUAGCCACCGGGCUGGCUGGCUGGCUGUGCGUUAGUAGAACAAAACACGAGUCGAUUUGCUGCCCUGCAUCAAAGCUGGCUGCAGCCAUCCCUGUGUGAGACCCCUGAAGCAGGGGCCGCCGGAGGAACCUGACCUUGCCUUGCAAUAGCAGAGCAUUGUGUCAUCGGGCCGCGUACAUCCCGCUGUAGCAUCCGAAUAACCCUGCCCUUGGUUUGUUGCACUAACAGAGAGUCCAUUGGUCUUUGCUGUCUCACGUCAGAUCUGUCCCUGUGGGAGCUAGCUGAAGCAGCAGCAAGAGGAGGUGGCGGCUAACCAGCCCUGUCCUUGCUGGAUUACUUUGUAGCACCAACAUGCGCUGAUCUCUACCUUGCAUCAGAGACAUCCCAGCCGUCUGUGAGUGAGUGAGCCCACUUGAAGCAGCAGCAGGAGCAAGAGGCUGCAACUAGCCCUGCCCUCACUGGGCUUGCAUUAGCACAGCAUGCAUUGAUUUGCUGCCUUGUCUUAGACCCAUCCCAGCCAUCGGGGUGCGUGGUGCAUGGUGUGGGAGAUACACUGUCUCUAUAAUAAAUGAUAGAGGAUACAAUGACUUUGCUGUCUCUGCUGGGCCGGAUCAUGCGUUACUUCUUGCUAAGACCAGAGACCCUGUUCCUGCUGUGCAUCAGCCUGGCCCUCUGGAGUUAUUUCUUCCACACUGAUGAGGUGAAAACCAUUGUCAAGUCCAGCAGGGAUGCUGUGAAGAUGGUGAAGGGCAAGGUGGCUGAGAUCAUGCAGAAUGACAGGUUUGGGGGGCUGGAUGUGCUGGAUGCAGAGUUCUCCAAGACCUGGGAGUUCAAGAGCCACAAUGUGGCUGCCUACUCCAUCCAAGGGCGGAGGGACCACAUGGAGGACAGGUUCGAAGUGAUCACGGACCUUGUCAACAGGACCCAUCCCUCUAUCUUCGGGAUAUUUGAUGGGCAUGGAGGAGAGUCAGCAGCAGACUAUGUGAAGUCCCGCCUGCCUGAAGUCCUGAAACAACAUCUUCAAGACUAUGAGAAAGACAAAGAAAACAGUGUGUUGUCUUACCAAACCAUCCUGGAACAGCAAAUUCUGUCAAUUGACCGAGAAAUGCUGGAAAAAUUGACUGUAUCCUAUGAUGAAGCAGGUACUACCUGUUUGAUUGCAUUGCUGUCAGAUAAAGAACUUACAGUGGCCAAUGUUGGUGAUUCACGGGGAGUCCUGUGUGAUAAGGAUGGAAAUGCUAUCCCUUUGUCUCAUGAUCACAAACCCUAUCAACUGAAGGAGAGAAAGAGGAUUAAAAGAGCUGGUGGCUUCAUCAGCUUUAAUGGCUCCUGGCGUGUUCAGGGGAUUCUGGCCAUGUCCCGCUCACUAGGAGAUUAUCCACUGAAAAAUCUGAAUGUUGUUAUCCCUGACCCAGAUAUUCUGACCUUUGAUCUGGACAAACUACAGCCGGAGUUCAUGAUCUUAGCAUCUGAUGGCCUGUGGGAUGCUUUCAGCAAUGAAGAGGCUGUUCGAUUCAUCAAGGAACGCCUGGAUGAACCACAUUUUGGUGCAAAGAGUAUAGUUCUGCAGUCAUUUUACAGAGGAUGUCCUGAUAACAUAACAGUUAUGGUGGUGAAGUUCAGGAAUAGCAGCAAAACAGAAGAACAGUGAAUUUAUAACAGCUCUCUCCCUCUUCUCUAGUGAACUUAAAACAAACUCUUGUAUUUUAAUGUGGUAGAAAGUUCUAGUAAUUAUCAUUAGGAUUGUAUGUAAAAGAAAUGGGAAAGAUCCCUCUGAUCUGUUCUUUGCUGAACAAAAAGAACAACACGGCAAGUAUGUUUUGGAUAGUUAUAAUAAUUAAGUUCCCCACAUUGUCCUGCCUCACGUGACCUGCCCUCCUUUGAAAUGGAAGGGUCAGGUCAUAUUCUAGUUAAUUUCUAAGGUUUAAAAUUCCUCCUAAGGCUUUUUCAAAUACUGAUGAUUUCUUAAUUUUCCUUUCUAAUAGCUGAAGCUGCAUUCAGUUUGGAACUGAAGGGGCAAGGCAGUCAUAAGCGAGCGAUAGGAAUGACACUGCUUUUCACUCAUAUAUGUAACUAAUCUCACAACUGCACUCUUCAAUGCUUCGCAUCCUUGUUUAUCUAAUCUGCAGUGAUAGAUUGAAAAAGAUUUGUAAUUAUUGGUCUGUGCUUUACAUGAAGAAAAAAGAGAAGCUAAAUGCUAGCUUCUGCCAGUCCACAAUUGGCCACCCUCUUCAUAAUUUUAUAAUGAAAUAUGCCCUUUCUACUAUAUGAUUAAGUAAAUAAUUGAGUUCCGUGUACCCAUGUGAUUAUCCAGUCUGUGUAUGAUUUUCAUUACACUUUCCCUAUGCCAUACUGUAUUCAAAUCAACUGAUAAACUCCCUCACCAAAUUCUGAGGUUUGAUGCCUUCAGUCACCAAGAAACUAGUUCUGUCAUUGUUGAAGAAUGCUUAGCAUUGAUUCAGUUCACACUUGCUUCUGCUUUUUAGGAAAGAAUUUUCAUAGACAAGUAGAGAAAAAAAUACAAGAUGCUUUCAAGCAAGGCAGAGCUUUUUAUGAUGUUCUGGGGAGUUUUGGUAACACUGAAACUUAAUUCAAAAUAUUUGUCAAGGAAAAAAACCCUAAAACAACGCUUAUGGCACUUAGUGUUCAAUGCUGUAUACCACCAUUGCCAUGUAAAUUAUUGGGAAUAUGCUUUAGUGCUGAAACAGUCUCAUAACUGUAACCAAGAAACUUUUAAGUUCUGAUUUUCAACAAUAAUUGUAUUUGGAAUCGGUGAAUAAUGUAAAUUUUAUUAUAGACAGCAACCUUCCAAAUCUGGUAUAGAUCUGGAAAUCGCUGGUUACUUUAUCAUAUAGUGAUCUGGAAACAGAACAGUAACAGAGAAUAGAUAGUGUCUUAGCAGAAACCUUGGAUUCUUUUUGUGAAUAAUAGGUCAGACAUACUAAUGAAAACCGGAAAAUCUAAAACAGAAAGGUGUGGGCACAGGCUUCUUACCUCAUUUUGAGACCUUCAUGGAAUUGAUUCUUUAAGUGAAAGAUUUAAUUAAACGAUCCAACUGCUGUACUAAGGGAAAAAAUCAAGUUUAGUGGAUUUUUAAUUGUAGCUUUGCAAUCAAACUGAAGUCGUAAGAGGAAAUAUUAAUGAUCUCACUUCAGUUAAAUUGCACUGAUCUCAUUUCUAAAGCUCUUCCAGGUUAGAGUGCUCUGAAAUGAUGUGAAUGUUGUGCAGAGGUUUCAUGAUGGUCCUUUUAAGUGUGAAACCCUGUACAAUGCUAGAGCAGGAGUUCUCAAAGUGGGCUCCAAGGAGCAUUUGCUGGUCACAUGGUGAAGCCUUUGCCUUCCCCUUUCCAGCUGCUUCGAGAGGCAGACAGGCCCGUCCUUGCAGGAAAGAACUCAAAGGGUUGUGGAAACAGCUUCUUAGGGAAAAAGAGAGAGGCUGAGAGGUUUACUCCACUAAGGUACUGCUACAAAUGUAGAGGAGGAACCUGUAGAAAUGAGCAGGGAAUACAGCCCUGGAGCUAUCUCAAUCGAGUACUUCAGCAGAAAGCUGAAUUACUUCAGCCUGUAGCUACAAUCUUGCUGUAAUGAAUCUAUCAGUUAAGUCUUCCAUACAUACACAGGUGGGGAGCUGGAACUAGAAUGAUGAUCCUUCAGCUACCAGAAAACCCCACUCUGUAUGCCUCUACCACAUGAGCUAAAGGAAAUUUCUCAAAGCAGGUACUAAGAUUAGGCCUUGUACCCUCCCUGUAGCUCAGCCAAUAGAUCACAGAAGGGAGCUCCAGAGCUCUACAGGAGUGCUGGUAGAGUCACUUCACCUCCUAUGGAGCAGCUUGACCUGUAUCAGGAGCCCAGGAAAAAGGAUUUGACUGUGUCGUUAACUGUAGAUUUACAAAUUCAGGUACCAUAGUUGACACAGGUAAGAUGUCAAGGUGGUGAUUGGGAAAGCAGGUAGGUGAUCCAUGAGAUACUGUUGCCUUAGCAGUGAGCCACAGUCUAGAGCCUUGCACAGGACUAUUCUUUAAUCCUGCUCCCACUAUUAUGGCAGCAGGAUCUAUGUGAUCUCAGUCCUGCUGCAAGGCUGGGCUCUACCACAGUGUAGAAGCAUUUGAGAAACUCAGUACAGGAGCACAGACUAGCUUUGUGGGUGGCACUGACCUAUGUAUUUAUUCCAGGAUUAAGACUCAGAACUUACUCUUGCCUGAUAUCUAAACAAAGCUAUUUCAGCCUCUGUUCAAUGUUCGCAUUUGUGAAAGCAUUAGUUAUUUUUCUACCUUUUCUUGAAUUUUCCUUUUAUUUUUUUCCUUGAUGGUUAACUCCUUUGCUAUGCCUGGUGUAUGAAACCUGUAGCUUUAGUAGUCUGCCAUAGCACUGUCAAUAACUGCAAUAACUCCCUUCCUUUGCCAAAGAAAUUCACUUCCACCAUCUGUGUUUGAUGUGACUGGUGGAUUUUACUCUUAAUUUAAAAAAAAAACAAGGGUGGGGGGAGACUCACUUUAGGGUUAAAGAAAGUGGUAUACGAAGAGGGAAGGGACUGUGCAAAUUUGCCCUCACACACUGUCAAUGCAUCUACCUUAAAAACCUACUUUCCUAGGGCUUUCCCUGUAAACCCUGCCAGUCAUGUUGAAGUCUCUUAACGAUUUUGUGAGGUGGACAGCUACCCACAAAGGACAAGACUAAGAAGAUCUACAUCUCCCUUAUAAAAGUCUUUAACGUUCAGGUGGUUGGGACGCUCACCUGGGAUGUGGGAAACCAAGGCUCGAGGCCCUGGCUCCACAUCAGAGUGGGGAUUUGAAAACAGGCCUCCUGUAUCUCAGCAUGCCCAAACCACUGACGUACUGUGUAUUCUUGUGAGGGAUGGGCACACGUUGCUUUUCCCCUCCUCCCCCCACCCCAAAAAUGUCCUGAUCUGUUUGCCCCCAGCUGUCUUGAAGGGGGUUAGGUGUGCUCGGAGCAUACCUAUCGAAACAGGCCCCACAGGCAAGAGAGGCAGGGAAUGCCUCGCUUGCAGCGAGCAGCUUGGUGGUAUCAUUACCUUAGGUGCUUUUGCACAGGCCCCGCAGCAGAAACUUAGGCACCUAGGGAGCUUAGGUGGGUACCGGGUUAGGGAGCAUCUGAGCUGGGGUUUUGAGGAUUUCAGUGGCACCUAAGUGUUGGACUUAAGCAUCUAAAGGGGCAGUUAGGCACCUAAGUCCCUUUGUGGAUCUAGCCUAAAGUGGCUGUAUCCAUGUCCAAAUACCUGGUCCCUUGAGUCUGUGUGUCCAGAUGUGAAAGGCCACUAUACUAAACUGGUGCCUAUGUCCAACAUAUGUAUUGUUCAUUAUUAAAUAUUGUAAACUUGUAGUUAUACCUCACUUUUUUUUUUUAAAUGUUGCUCUUAUUGGCAAUGGUAUUCUAAACUGGUGGUUUUCCAGAGCCAAAUUAACUGAGUACACUUUUAUACAUAUUCUUAUAGCAGACCCUUGCAGUUUUACUGUGUUGUGUUAUACAAGUGCUGUACUGUGAACUCUUUGCAAGGACUGUGCUUUACUAAUUAAAGAGCUAUAAUCUAUCCUCAUAUUCUGGCUGUCAGCGAAGUCCAGUUGUACAUAAUACACUGCCUUUCUGUGUGAUCAUCUCUCCCUCUAGUGUCUUGCCCAAGGAAGUAUAGUAGCCUACUGACUGAAAGUUAAUAGAGUAGAACCUCAGUUACGAACACCAGAGUUACGAACUGACUGGUCAACCACACACCUCAUUUGGAAUCACAGUCAGGCAGCAGCAGCAGACGCCCCCCCCCCCGCCCCCCCAAAAGGCAAACACAGUAAAGUACUGUGUUAAACAUAAACUACUGGAAAAAAAAAAGGAACAUUAAAAAAAAAAGAUUUGACAAGGUCUGGAAACUUUCUGUGCUUGUUUCAUUUAAAUUAGGAUGGUUAAAAGCAGCAUUUUUCUUCUGCAUAGUAAAGUUUCAAAGCUGUAUUAAGUCAAUGUUCAGUUGUAAACUUUUGAAAGAACUGUAACGUUUUCUUCAGCGUUACAACCGACCUCCAUUCCUCAGGUGGUCAUAACUCUGAGGUGCUACUGUAGUAGCUCCUUUAGCACAAGCAAAAGAUGCAUGUUCUUUAAGGAUGAAAUUUACCCCAGUGCAGAGGUCCUGUGUAAGGUAUACGCGUGCCCACUGCACAGGAGUGAACUUUAUACUAGUGCUGAAGGUCCCAGAUUCAGUCUCCAUUGAUGAUUGUGGUGUCUGAACAUACGCACCCAUGGUUUAUUACAUAUACAGAUCCAAGAGUAGAAUUUAGCCACCAAAAAGUUUGAGGACCUGUUUGGUAUUUAGAGCCAUGUCAUCAACUUGCCCUGCAUUCCUUGCCAAGAUCUCUCCAAACAUGGUUGUCUUACCUUAUCAUAUCAGUGAAUGCAUUUGAAGCAACUUAACUGUUUGUUGCAGGCAUCCAAAAGUUUGGUGACAGUACAGCUUGUUCAGGCCGCUGUGGCCAAACAUGCAGGUUCUGAAAUUCACAGAUCAUCUCCAGGUUGGCAGCAUCAGCUGUUUUAUUUUUUGUCUUUUUUUUCCUGUAACAUUUAGUAUUAAGCACAGGAAUGGAAGUGUCUGGUCAGUGAAAUGGUCCAGAAGAUGAUUUUUAAAAAUAAAGGGCUUGUGUAGUGAUCUUACUCCCAUUGAAGUCAGUGGAAGAUUUGUCAUUGAUCUAAGUGAAAGGAUCAAUAGUAAAAACAGUAUUAGAUUGUUUGUGCAGUGACAUUUGUUUUAUGGUAACCUACGUGUGGUGGGUAAAGCGUUUAGUGUUCACUCUGUAUAACAGCUAUCUGAUGGUGCUUUUACUUUAUUAAAGUCAGAAGAAAUUCUUUGCUUUAGAGCAGUUAGGCCAGAUUGAAGUAACAAUAUAUUUGCUAAAUAAAUUCUAACUCUGUAUUUUGAAAAUAUAAACAAAUUUUCAAGAAACCAGCUACCUUUUAACAGACAAGAUGUCACUGUACUAAACAGUAGGAAGAUACUGGUGAUACAUGAGUGUUUAUUUCACAUGGAUAGGGGGAAAAAAUCAGCAUUUUUU